AUGGAGACUUGGGCUCCCUGCUGCCAGCGUGUGCUUCUCUUUAGAAGGUCCAGAUCCCACUGCUUCCCUCUCAUUCCAGGACGUGGCAGUUGGACUUCCCUUCCUUGUGCACCAGGCCGUAGCAGUAAUUCUCCAAGGAUCCAGCACCGUAAGCUUGCUGGACGCGUGAAGCUUGCUGGACCGCCCCCUACGUGCUGCUGUGUGCUCCCAUUUGAUUGCUCAUGGGCCGUGGUGCUUUCUUCAAAGCUGUUGGGUGAUCUUUACUCCAAGCACCUCUUCACGUGGACUAGGCCGUGUGAUUUUAUGCAAGAUACAAUUAGGACGAGAAGCAACAAAAGUUCUGAACCUCUUCUUGAAGGACUUGAGACUAGUAGGAGGCCACUGAGAAAGACAUUAUCCAGGGUACCUUCUCUAGAAAAAAUUUCACAGGCCUUAGAAUUAGAUCAAGAAAGCAUGGACAACAAUGAUGGCAGACAUACUUUUGCAGAUUAUGCAACUGUUGUUGGCCCUUACCAUUUUAACAGCAUUGCAAAGCCAAUGGUCAACGCCACAAGCAUGGAGAUGAAGCCUACGUUGAUCCAUCUAGUAAAGAGCAACCAGUUCAAUGAAUUGUCCAAUGAAAGUCCAUAUGAACAUCUGACCACUUUUAAUGAAAUCUGCAACACUGUGAAGUUGAAUGGAGUGUCAGAUGAUGCUAUCAGAUUAAGUUUGUUUCCUUUCUCACUACGAGGCAACGCUAAAUUGUGGAAAAGCACUGAAGCUGCUAUAAGGAGCUUGGAGAUGCAGGUUGGUCAAAUGGCCAAGAAGUUGGAGGAGAUGCCUAUCAGAAGUUUUGGGGCUAAUACUGAAGUUAACCCCAAAGAAGAAUGUAAGGUUAUUAUUGGUGGUCCUGAAGUCAAACCUGCAAGGAUGACUCUGUUUAUGUUUGAUGGAUCCACUAAAAGGCCCUAUGGUAUUGUGGAAUAUGUGAUGGUUCACAUUGAAAAUCUCAGAUUCCUGGUAGAUUUUGUGAUAAUGGAGAUGGGGGAAGAUUUGGAGAUCCCUAUUAUUCUUGGAAGGCCAUUCAUGAAGACAACCAAGAAUGGCCACGACAGAUUUGCGAGAUCUCUCGAGUUCACUUUAGCAGAUAUGCGAAGAAGAGAGAGCGAAGAAUUGCGAGAUACGGGGUGCAUAACGAGUAGUAUAUCCAUGGCGGAUAAGGAACUGCACAUUGUUGUGUUUCCAUGGCUAGCCUUUGGACACAAUGUUCCAUUUUUGGAGCUUGCAAAGCUCAUAGCUCAAAAGGGUCACAAAAUUUCUUUCAUUUCCACACCUAAAAACAUCAAUCGCCUCCCUAAACUACCUGAAAAUCUGAAACCUUGGUUGCAUCUGAUAGAAUUCCCACUCCCCCACGUUGAAGAACUCCCUGAAAAUGCAGAGAACACGCUGGACACUCCUCCGCACUUGGUUCCAUACCUCUUCAAGGCUUACGAUGGUCUUGAAGAACCUUUGACUGAAUUUCUGGAGAAGAGCACCCCGGAUUGGGUCAUAUGCGACUUUGCACCACACUGGCUGCCCCCACUGUCUUCCAAGCUAGGUAUCCCAUGCAUAUUUUUUUCUUGUUUUGCUGCAUGUGCUUCGUCUUUUGGUUUGGAGUUGUUUAAGGGAAAGAAGAGUAUGGAAUCUGCGGAAGCCAAGCUUUUGCAUGAUGGGUAUAAGAGGACGCAAGUGGGUCAGAGUUAUCAGCCUAAGGAAGUGAAUCGGUUCUUUGAAACCCUGAAAGGUGCUCAAGUUUUCGCUACAAGAAGCUGCAUGGAGAUUGAAGGUGAGUUUGUGAAAUCGCUUGAAAGUUUAUCUGGGAAGUUGGUAAUUCCAAUUGGGUUGCUGCCAGCUUCGCCAGAAGACAGCAAUGACCACAACUGGUACACCAUUCUUAAUUGGUUAGAUAAAUGGGAAAAGGGGUCAGUGAUCUAUGUAGCAUUUGGAACUGAGGUCAAGCUGAGUGAUGAAGACUUCACUGAAAUUUCUGUGGCAUUAGAAUUGUCUGGUUUUCCUUUUUUUUGGGCUUUGAAGAAUCGAAACACCUCAGGUGGUAGUGUUGAGUCACAGGAUUGGAUUGAGAAUGAGUCAAAAAGGGGAAUGAUUUGGAGAACAUGGGCACCUCAGUCAAGGAUUUUAGCACACAAAUCUGUUGGAGCAUUCCUCACUCACUGUGGUUGGAACUCAGUGAUAGAGGGUCUCCAAGUGGGGUGCCUACUUGUAAUGUUGCCCUUCCAAUAUGAUCAAUGGUCGAAUGCUAAGUUUAUGGAGGAGAAGAAGGUAGGGGUUAAAGUACACAGAAAUGAGCAUGAUUCCAAGUUCACUAGGGCUUCAGUGGCCAAGGCACUGACAUCAGUGAUGUCGGAAGAGGAAGGGAAAUAUCUUAGAAAAGAAGCACAAGAGAUGAGUAAAAUAGUUGGGGACAAACAACUGCAACUAAAAUAUGUGAAUGAGUUUGUUGAUUACAUGAAAAACAAUAGGUCUGGCUAUAAUUAGUAUAAUGGCAAGUUGUAUUAAAGGAAGACUUUGAUUUUCUCUUAGAGUUUGCCAAUCUAGGAGCAACUCAGUCCAACUUAGAAGUGAACCAAGAAGCCUACCUAUCUUUACAAUACUUUUUCUAUAUUAGUUAUGUCUUCGUUUUUUCUUAAAUUAGUCAGAUUUCCCUUCAAGAAUAUGCUGCCAAGAAAUAAUGUCUGCAAAAUGAGGAACGUUAGUUUGUCAGAAAGACG